CUAUCUUGUUAAUAUCUUACCUCCAAUCUGUAAGGUUUUUUUUGUCGUCUUUCUUUAAAUUUGUCAAAGAUUUUUUUAUAUUCUGGUCAGCACUUUCAACUAGCUCAGAAGAGUCGGACUCGUUCCAAUCCACAAGCCCCAAGUUUCUCUACUUCUUUGGCUCAGCUCUCCCUCAGGAAUCGAUCAAACAAACUUCCAAAUCACUCCCCAACCCCCUCUUCUCUCUCUCCUCUGUCUUAUGGGUUGGUUAUGGUCGUUUGUGCUUCUCCCUCUUCUGUUCCAUGUCCCCACAUCUCUAUCCUCACUCACUUCCGAUCUCUUCGACAGUUGGUGCAAAAACCAUGGAAAGACAUACUCUUCCGAGCAAGAAAAGCUUUACAGACUCAAAGUGUUCCAAGAAAACUAUGACUUUGUUUCCCAUCACAAUACCAUGCCCAAUUCCACUUAUACCCUCUCACUCAACGCCUUUGCUGAUCUUACCCACCAUGAAUUCAAGGCCUCUCGCUUGGGUCUCUCCUCCAGUGAUUUGAGUACAUUCAAUUUCAAGCCAUCAAUUGAUGAGUCCAGUGAUGUUCUUUUCGACGUGCCUUCUUCGGUAGAUUGGAGGAAGAGUGGGGUUGUCACGGGUGUCAAAGAUCAGGGCAGUUGUGGUGCUUGUUGGGCAUUUUCAGCUACAGGAGCAAUAGAAGGCAUUAAUAAAAUUGUUACUGGAUCUCUUGUCAGCCUCUCUGAACAAGAGUUGGUUGAUUGUGACAGAUCUUACAAUAGCGGAUGCGAGGGCGGGCUCAUGGAUUAUGCAUAUCAAUUUGUUGUACAAAAUCAUGGGAUUGACACUGAGGAAGAUUACCCCUAUCAAGGUGCGGGAAGGUCAUGCAACAAGGAAAAGCUAAAACGACAUGUUGUAACCAUUGAUGGUUAUACUGAUGUUCCCCCAAACAACGAGAAACGCCUACUACAGGCUGUGGCAACUCAACCUGUAAGUGUAGGUGUAUGUGGCAGUGAGAGAGGAUUUCAAUUGUACUCCAAGGGGAUAUUUACCGGUCCCUGCUCAACUGCCCUUGAUCAUGCGGUACUAAUUGUUGGAUAUGGUUCGGAAAACGGAGUUGAUUACUGGAUCCUUAAGAAUUCUUGGGGAUCACAUUGGGGAACGAACGGUUAUAUGCAGAUGCUACGAAACAGCGGGAAUUCUCAAGGAGUUUGUGGGAUCAAUACACUAGCUUCAUACCCGGUUAAGACUAACCCAAAUCCACCACCCCCACCUACCCCCGGUCCAACUAAAUGUAAUAUUUUCACCAGUUGUUCGCAAGGUGAAACCUGCUGCUGUGCAUCACGAGUUCUUGGCGUAUGCUUUUCUUGGAAAUGUUGUGAGUUGGAUUCUGCAGUGUGUUGCAAGGACCACCGUCACUGUUGCCCUCACGAUUAUCCGAUUUGUGAUACUCGAAGGAAGCAGUGCCUCAAGCAAACUGGCAAUGGUACGAUGGUGAAAGGGCUCGAGAAGAAAGGCUUUUUUGGUAGGUCAGAUGGAUGGGGUUCGCUUUUUCGGGUUUGGAAUAUGUAGAAGUGCUGCCAUCUGCAACAGUGAGUGAAUUUUUUUUUUGAACCAUACUCCUGUUACCAGUUGUAUGGUCUGCCACAGAAAGAAAUGACCCAGGAUUCAAGCAUGGAAGUACUUAUUAUUUUUAUUAUUGUAAUUUAUGGUUCAAUGAUACUAUUGAAAAAAUACCUGAUUCUGGUGUAAUUUUGCUUUUCUAGCGUGAAUAUAUAAAUGAUACUAAAUUCUGCAUAAACAAGCAUUGGUAUUUUGUAGUAUUUCAAACUAUAGUAGUAGAAAUUUCUACUUCAAUU